UCUUGUGACGACGUUCUAGGAACGAUUCAAAUGUGAUGUAUUGACAAACAUUUUUUGACAAUUCGAUAAAUAAUGUAAUUUGAUCGAUGGCACGAAUGUCAAGUGUUUGGAAGAAUAAAUACAAAUUUUUUAAAAUUUAAAUUGCAUGUUAAAUUUCAGGAUAAUAAUAUCAUGCGUUUCUUUAACUUUGAAGAAAAGGCAUUAUUUACCUCUGCACAUAUAAUACUUGCUUGAUGACUUUGGACAACAAAGAUGAGUACUCGGGUACUGAAUGAUAUUCAUAACGACUUAAAGCAGCUUAUAACAGCACUUACAUCGUUUGAGGAAGAUGAAGAAGGAUUUCGAAUAUGCGAACGAUUCUGUUUGUCAAAUAUUAAACAUCAUCGCUAUCUAUCUGUCAAUAGUCACGCGACUAAGGAAGCCAUAAAUGCAAUAGUCACUAAAUUUUCAAUCCAUGGAAAGUUUGAGGUUGCUAAGAAAUUUCAAGAAUUAGUCGACUCCUUUUUAUCAAGUUUUGAUUUUGAGCAGCAUCCACAGUACGAUUUGCAGUGGUGUCUGUUAACAUUCUUGUUGGAUUUGUCCACUGAAACUCACAAGUCUAACUUGGAUAGCUUAAAACUCAUACGUGGCGAGCACAAUUUUAAUGCAACCUCUGCAAAGGAAGAUAGUAUUACAGAAGAAAUAGACUGGACGCAGUAUUUAAAGGAGGGCCAAGAGAAUUUCUUUUGUGAUUAUAAGAGCGAUGAUAGCGAGAGUGAAUGGUCUGAUUUAACAGAAGAAGAAGGGACCGAUGAAAAUGAUAUUUCUUUGCCUACACAAAUAUCUAACUUACAGUUGGAUAUUGCACAGUCUUCAGAAAUUCCUGAUGCAACAGAUAAAUUUUCCCUAAUAUUAGCACAAAAUCUUGAGUCUAGAAAAUGGCUCUUGUCAAAUGUGCAAACUGAUUGGUGGAACAAUUUACAAUGCCAAAAAUAUCCUGUUGCCAAACGAUCUUGCGAUGCUAAUAUAUGUGAUAUUUGGCAUGAAACAAGCUUAUCAGUAUUGUACAAAAUAGCUACUCUCAGUGAAUAUCAAGUAUGCAGAGAAUUAUUAUGGAUGUUUUACGCUCAAACAUCAAUGGUGGUAUUUCAACAGGAAACUGAAUCAAAAUUUUCGAUACGUCCUGACGUAUCAAUACCAAGUUUGACAACUACUGCUUUUAAAAGCAUUCUAUCACCAUUCUGCGAAUGCUUUUCAAUGAUACAUGAUAUUGAAAGAUUUGGAGCAGAGUUGCGACCAACUUAUAAUCAAGAAUCAAAACUUUGGAAUCCUCCCUUGACCUAUGAGGCAUAUAAUGCUGCACUUGGACGAUACUUGUAUGAAUUCAAGAAAAAAGUAAUUGAUAUAGAAAAAGAUGUUUUGAAGCAAGAAAAUUGCAAUACAUUUUUAUCUUUAUCGGCUAGUCUGAGAAAAUACUUGAAUACUAUAAGGAUACUUCAUGAUGUGCAUCACAAAGUUGUAACUGAUUGGAAAGUUAAUUCUAAUUGGAAAUGUGCGUCUCGACUAUUAUCGUCUUUAUAUUAUGAGAUGCAAAAUUCUCAUAAUCGUGAAAGAACAGAAAUUUGUACAAAUUUAUACCUAUGCAGUCUUACUGUUUAUCUUAACAUAAUUGAUACAUGGCUAAGCGAGGGACGAUUAGAAGACUGGAGGGAUGAAUUUAUAAUCGUGAGAGUUCCAGAAAAUGUAUUAAUGGAAAAUGCUGAGCAAAAUGAAAAAUUUACAGUUCGAUUAUCCGAUAAUAUUUGUUGGACAGAUCCAAUUAUGCAAUUUUUGCUGCAAAAGGUGCAACAUAUGGGUCAUAGUAUUGAAUUACUUGUCUCUCUGGAUCGAAUUACUGAUAUAUGGAAAUUGGACAAUGAAAAUAAUGAUGUGAGGAUCUCAUUAAACAUUGAAUUACAAAAUAGAUUAUUGUUAGAAAUUUCCAAGUACAGUCCAGCAAUUGAGGAGACUGAUGCAAGCAUGUUACAAAUCGAUAGAAUAUCCCUGCAAGAAUAUGAUGCUGAUAUUGAAAGAAAUAUAAUAGAACAAUUAUCAACUUUACACAAUCCAUUUCUCAUGAAAGCUAUGGAAGAUUAUAUGCCAUGUGAAUUAUACAAAAAUGAUACAGUGGAUAGUUGUACGCAUAAUAUCCGCGCCUCUAAAGCAAAGCAAGAUCAAUUAUAUGAUUUAUAUAAAAAGCUACAAAAGAUAAAAUAUAUCUUGCCGCUGCAAAACAUUUUGAAGAAUACAUUGUCUGAGAUUUUAAUCUUGCGCUACAAUAGCGCUAGCAAAUUAGUGAGAAAUAUUAUGGUUGAGGAAUAUAAGUUACAGACACAUUUAAAACUAUUGAGAUUCGUUUAUAUGAUGGAAGCUGGACAUGUUAUGAAUAAAUUCUAUCAAAUCUUAUUUUAUGAGAUUGAAAAUAAUCAAAUGUGGGCUAAUUCGUACUUUUUGUCGUGUAUUCUUGAAGAAGUAUUUUCUCAAUAUUGGCCAGAUACAAGCUCGCGUUGGUCCAUCACAGUUCAAAGCAACAUCAAUACUCAUCAAGUGUUACAAGCUGUAAAUGGCAUAAUAUUGCAUUACACAGUAGAGUGGCCUAUAAGUAUAGUAUUGACCAAGAAAAUCUUGGAAAAAUAUAAUGAAAUAUUUAGAUUUCAAUUGAAGUUGAAAUGGGCUCUAUGGGCGUUAAAUAAUUUGAGAUUUUGCGAUUUAGAGGAUUCUAAGUCGCCAUGUAUAAGAGAUAGAUUGGAACAAUUUCAUAUAAGACGUCUUGAAAGCUUAAAAUUUUGGUUGUUACAUGCAAUAGGAUCUAUACACACAUAUUUGUCUGGCCAAGUGUUACAAAGUCUAGGUCUUAUGUUAGAGAAGGUUCUCGCUCAGACAGAUAGUCUUGAUACCAUUAUAUCAGUGCACAAUGAAUAUUUGAACAAAGUUCAUGAACAUUGCUUAUUAACCGAGGAGUUUCAAGAUUUAAUGAUAACCAUAAAUAAUAUGAUUGAAAUGUGUAUUCACAUACGAGAUAGAUGGUCACGCAAGAAAUUAUUGUUAGCUGCUCCAGAAUUGGAUGUGAUGGAACAGAGUUACAUAAAAUAUCAUACAUAUCUUGCUUUAGCAUUGCACAAUGCGGUACAACAUAAGGAUGCAGAUUAUUUGACUGGCUUAAGUUCAGCUUUUAAUUGCAGUAUGCCGUGUGCUUAAUCUUGUGUCAAUAGAAUAUCGAUUUUCAUAUCGAUUUAACCAAUAUUAUCAGUGUAAUCUCCUGUUUUCCCGAGUUUAAGAUUAACACUCGCGUUAAUCAUUUCACACAUAUCAAUUUUUUGCUUCAUACUACAAUUUAAUAAUACAAUUAUAUAUAUUUAGCCAGAUUAUUGUUCCCUUAGAUCAGUAUAUUUUACAUCUCGCAUAUAAAUGCUAUAUUAAUUAUAAA